UUAAGAUGAUCGAAAAGUCAUCUCUGUUCGCCUGUGCUGCUGAAUGUGCCUCUUAUGGGAUAUGCAAAUCCUUCCAAUUUGAAUCAGGCCCAAGAAAGUGUCAUCUAAAUGUUCUCCAGUAUAUGGAAGGAGGUGGGGAAGACACUGGCUUCAUCCACAGUAGAAUUAUGAACUGGAACAAGACAAUACUUGGUCCUUGUCAGAACAAACAAUGUGGAAUCACGGAGAGAUGCAGUGUGAAGAGAAAUGGCAAUGUGCAAUGUGAGGCAUUUCUAUCUAAUAUUGCAAAGGACAAACCAGCAAGUGCAAGUUCAAUAUGGCGAGGUGAUGCGUUCCCGCCAGGUGUUGCUGUGGACGGUGAUGUCAACCCUCUGUGGACAUCAGGAUCCUGUUUUGCUGUUGAUAUUGGUGAUUUCUCACCGUGGUGGCAGGUGGACCUCCAGGACACCUAUGUCGUUGUGGAAGUUCGAGUCACCAACAGAAAUAAAGGCCCUGAACGACUUCACGACUUUAGUAUCGACGUGUAUCGAGGCGACCCUGCUGGGAACCCCCAUGUCAGCCCACAACAGUGUUACAUGUACAAUGGAGCCGUGACAGAGCCGGGCAGGACAGUUGCCCUGCAGUGUACGUCACGCGUCACUGGCCGCUUCAUGAGACUUAGUGGAACGAAUACCCUUAAUAGGAAAGAUCUCCUCCAGUUUUGUGAAGUCCAGGUCUUUGGCUUUAAGCCUUUACAGUAGUGUGGAUAAAUGAUAACAUGAUGUUAUUAGUGGUGUUUUUUAAACAUGCUCCCCUCUCCGGGUGUUAUCUUUUCUUGAAUUCUACUACAUGAGAUAGUAAAAUACAGGAGUUUAUGCCUAGGGGGAAAGGUGAUGAUGAUGAUGAUGAUGAUGAUGAUGAUGAUGAUGAUGAUUUUAAGAGGGGGUCUCCCAUUUUGCUCUGGAGAAAGGUAGGGGGGCAGGGUCUCAUUAAUUUUGUACAAAUGUACUGGGGUGGGAAGAGGUCAGCAAUUUUGUACAGAAAAAUACAAAACAACUUAUGUUGUCGCACUUUGAAUAAUGUUGUUUUAUUCAUCGAAAACGCGACAAUGCGACACAUGUAGCGACAAUGCGACAAAUGGCUAAAAUGUCGCGUUAUCGCAUUGUCGCGCUUUGGUUAAUUUUGACACUUUUUGUUUGUUUUUGUGAAGGCGAAAACGCGACAAUACGACAACGCAGUACUGCCCCUUAUAAGAAUCCAUACUGAACACUCUCGGACUGCUUGUUUAAACUGUUCUGUUCGAUCGAGUGCAUGUGAAACUGCAGAUAUUUUUGCAUAAACAUUAUGGUACAUGUUGCCAAAACACCUCGGAUAUUAUCGGUGGAAUACCACGAAAACCAAGAUUUUGUUGAAACAUAUAUGCAUGAUAUGUCCACAUUAAAAACAGUCGAUUGAGAUAGGUAAUGAUAUACACGACACAAGGGAAUGUCCCAAAUGGUAACUUCAACAUUUCGACAUUGACUCAAUUGUCUGCGUUGGACAAGGAACGUGAGGAGCAAGCAACGUCGC